GCUUCCGCCUUCCGCUGGCUUCGUAAUCCGUCUCCUCUCGUCGCUCUCUACUGUCCCCGCCUUCGUCCCCGGAUGAUCGCGUGCUAGUGCCAGCCGUUGCUUGCCACUUGUACGGGCGCCAAAUAAAGUUUCCUCAUUCAAAAGUUUUUUUUUUUUUUUAAACCACGUCGCUCCCUUUCUCAGCUCCUCCUCCGCAGCGGAACCGUCCCUGUUCCUGCGGCCGGUGCGACCCGAGCGUUGGAGCCGGCGGCGCGGAACGUAAUGGCGAAGCCUCCGGCGUCUCUUUCGGGACAGGACGUAGGAUCCUUCAAAAUGCUGCAAAAGAUGGGAACACUUUGAAUAAAAUAGCCCUACCUGGGCAGGAAGGAGAUGUAUGCCAGAGAGAAGCCAAUGGCCCACAAUUUAAGCAGGCACCGUCAUGCAAAUAUAGGAAAUCAUUUGCAUAUCUUACAAUUAAAGACAGAAUACCAGAGAUCUUAACUAAGGCUAUUGAUACAUUGCAUCGACAUAAAAGUGAAUUUUUUGAGAAACAUGGAGAGGAAGGCACGGAAGCUGAAAAGAAAGCUAUCUCUCUUCUUUCUAAGUUACGGAAUGAAUUGCAAACAGAUAAACCAAUUAUCCCUUUGGUUGAGAAAUUUGUUGAUACUGACAUAUGGAAUCAGUACCUAGAAUAUCAUCAGAGUCUUUUAAAUGAAAGUGAUGAAAAACCAAGGUGGUUCUACUCACCAUGGUUGUUUGUAGAAUGCUACAUGUAUCGUAGAAUUCAUGAAGCAAUUAUCCAGAGUCCACCAAUUGAUGACUUUGAUGUAUUUAAAGAAUCAAAAGACCAAAGUUUCUUCGAGUCACAGGAAUCUAUCAUUGCUUUAUGUACUUACCUGCAACAGUUGGUGAGAACUAUUGAAGAUCUAGAUGAAAGUCAGCUGAAAAAUGAAUUUUUUAAACUUCUGCAGAUUUCACUGUGGGGAAAUAAGUGUGAUCUGUCUCUAUCAGGCGGGGGAUCUCGUUCUCAGAAGACCAAUGUAAUAAAUUCUUUGGAAGACCUGAAACCUUUCAUUUUAGUGAAUGACAUGGAGCAUCUUUGGUCAUUGCUUAGCAAUUGCAAGAAAAGAGAAAAAACAUCUACUAGAGUGGAUGUUGUUCUGGAUAACUCUGGGUUUGAACUUGUUACAGACUUAAUGUUAGCCGACUUCUUGUUGUCCUCUAAACUGGCUACUGAGAUCCAUUUUUAUGGAAAAACUAUUCCGUGGUUUGUUUCUGAUACUACUAUACAUGAUUUUAAUUGGUUAAUUGAACAGGUAAAACAUAGUAGUCAUGAGUGGACAUCCAAGUGUGGGGCUGACUGGGAGAACUAUAUUAAAAUGGGUAGAUGGGUUUACCAUGAUCAUAUAUUUUGGACUCUGCCUCAUGAAUACUGUGCAAUGUCUCAGGUUGCCCCUGACUUAUAUGCCGAACUACAGAAGGCACAUUUAAUUUUAUUCAAAGGCGAUUUGAAUUAUAGGAAGUUGACAGGUGACAGAAAAUGGGAGUUUUCUGUUCCAUUUCAUGAGGCGCUGAAUGGCUUCCAUCCUGCACCUCUCUGCAGCAUAAGAACAUUAAAAGCUGAGAUUCAGGUCGGUCUGCAGCCUGGGCAAGGAGAACAGCUCACAGCCUCUGAGCCCAGCUGGCUGACCACUGGGAAAUACGGAAUAUUUCAGUAUGAUGGUCCACUUUGACUCGGUUUAGGAGCAAUCAGUUGUGUAGAAAAGUCUACCAAGCAUCUUUUCAUCCCUAGAAAAGCAGCGUGCCAAGUUCAGUCACUUGACUGCUCUGCAUUAGCUCUGGGAACCCUAGCUUCUCCAUGCUCAUUUACAUAUACUCAUUUUGCCCCCCUGCAUUGUUUUGGAGUUAGAUGGUUUUAAGCUAUUAUAGUUACAGAUAUUUAUGUUUAUGUUGGCAUUUCAGUAACUUGUUUCAAGUUAAAUGCAUAAUUUCAAGUGGUUUUAAUGAACUUACUUUUAAUUGGAUAGAAAGCAAAAUAUAAGUGAGUUCUGCUUUUGAAGUUACUUAACCCUAUCUUUUUCUUAAAUAAUAUAUACUGCAUGGUAUUUAAUAUUCUAGGAAGCAUGGAAUUUAACUUGAUUUUGGGCUCUUGAAACAAUGGCUUUGUGAAAAUACACAUUUUAGUGACACUUUGUAAAAGAGAGGCAUUUCUUACAACUGUGAUGUUUGAAGACAUUAAAGCAGAACUUACCUCAUAAGUUAAUUCUUUUGUUCUUGAAUUUUAUUUCAUUUCAAUAGCUUGUUUUAUUUGCAUGCAUUUGUAUUUCAAUUGGCCUGUGGAAUGGAUGUUAGGAAACACAAAAUUGAAUAGAGUGAAACAAAUAGUAUUUGAAGAAAUGUAAUACCUUUUACAUUCUAUUUAUGAUAUCUUUAAUAAACUGAAAUUCUUUUACCACAUAAGUGUUUUAAAUGAACAGAUUUUCAGUUUGCAGUUUUUGAAAAAUGUUUUAGGUAGAAAUUCUUAUGCAUUGAAGUUGGAAUACUAUCAACAAUGAAUUAAUUUAUUUUUUAUAUUCUUACACAUUUUAUUGGUCAUUAACACAGAUAUUAAAGGCUAAAAAUUUCAGGUCACUUUGUUUUGAAACUGAAAUUGGAAAUGAACCUGGAAAUGUUUUCUUGCACUAGAAUAAUAAAAUGAAUUAUACUGA